CAUGGUGACAAGCACAAUAAAGUAUAUACUUUUGUUUUCUUUGCUUUUCUUUUCCUUUGGAGGUGUCCAACAAGUUGAUUCCCGUCUUUUGCCCAAAACCCCUCACCAUUGAGGAACUAGACAACGACCGGGGUGGAGAAUUUGCCCCGCGAUGCUCUUGGCAUUGGUCGCCUUUUGCCUUGAAGUGGCAGCGUGGUUUCAUAGAUAGAAACACCCAGUUGCUUAUUAUCUUAUUCCACAUUAAAGUUUUUAUACUGUAUAAAUUGGAUUUUUCGGAAAGUGGAUAGAAACGUCAGAAGGAACCUGGGGUUAACCGAAUAAAGGUCGUUCAAUCAUCAUCGUGAACUCAUAACCCCAGAAUACGGGCAUCGUCUCCCACGCAGAUACCCCACCUCGAUACUUCGUACCUGCUUUCCCUCCCUCCCUCCGUGGAGUCAAGGUACACAGAAAACCAUGGCCGACGCAUAUCGCAAGGUCGGCCGCGGCGGCGCCGGCAACUUCUACUCCCAGAAGGACGUCGAGGACGCCACCAAAAAUGCGGAGGAGUCGUCGUCCAAGGACGUCGAGGCCCAGAAGCCCGCGCUCGCAGACGAGGCGCCCUCCGACCCAGCUGAUCCUCCCGCGCCUGCCUCGUUCAUCAGCACCGAAGCGGCAGCAGCGCCGGUGCGUACUGGACGCGGCGGCGCCGGUAACUACGUCGACCCUCUGACGGCAUCUUCAGGCUUCAUCAUCUCAGGUGCCAAGCCGCACCCAGCGACGGUGCACACGACGGGUAACCCCUCUGCCAGCCGGGCGCUAAACCCGGAGACGUCCUCGUCGACGGGCACGCAGGGAGGACCACCGCCGCCGGCGAGAGCAGGCCUCUCGGGUCGGGGCGGCGCGGGCAACUGGUCGAGCGGGGAGGACCACAGGGUGAUCGACGAGGAGCAGGAGAGAAAGCGGAAGGAGGCGCUGGACAAAGGCAUUUUUGACGACGUGAAGGCGUCGCUCAGGGAGCCCGGGAGGGCGCACACGAGGGUGCACCCGCACGGGAGGGGAGGGGGCCCGAGGGGUCUGGAGGAAUCGUGACUCUUCCACGAUCAGGUCUGGCUGUCUAUCGCGUGCUCCGAGAUGCUGCAGAGUGCCGAUCUUCGUGCGCGUGGUGCGGCGGUCGGGUCUGGCGAUUUGCAGCACGAGAACCGCAACGACAAACGAGGGGGCGGCGGGGGUAGUGGGAUGUAGAUGAAAUGUGAAAUAUAGUGUGCGACGCGUCGGUCGCAAAGGCUCGAGGUAUGCCAAGAGGAUGGUAGUGUAACAUAGGCAUACACGUGCGUAUGCGUUGCGGUUAUUACAGCACAGUAUUAAGAAUAACACCAUAUAUAAUAAAGUAAACAUUUCUAGCGG